AUGCCUUCUUCGGCUCUUUUGUCUCUAGGUCCCUUCUAUACCAGUGUGCUUGUCUUCAGCUGCGCUGCUUUCUACUUCGCAGCCCGGAGAGUCUACAUCGACUACAAAAUCAGAAAGACGGGUGGUGUGAGGGCUCGGGUUAUUGCAACCAAUCCUCUAUGGGGUCUUCCCUUUUUCGUCAAGGCCGGCUAUUACCAAAGUAACAACAGGUUCUUGGAGUACUUCCAGUCUCUCUUCAGCUCCGGAACGCCAGAAAGCCCAAACUGCGUCGAAAUCAGCCUCACUGGCGCCUCGCGCUGGCUGAUCACGCAAGAGCCUGAGCAUAUCAAGACGGUUCUCACCACAAAGUUCAAGGAAUAUGGCAAGGGCCCGGCUUUCCAUGAAAGCUGGGGCCCGUUUCUUGGAGACGGCAUCUUCAACGUCGACGGCCAGCUGUGGUCGAAUAGUAGAGCCCUGCUUCGGCCCAUCUUCGUCCGAGAGAGGGUUCGAGACAUAGAAAUAUUCGACAAGUGGACCAACGCCCUGAUUAGCAAGCUGCCCGGCUCCGGCCAGACUGUCGACGUAAGCGCCCUAUUCUACCGAAUGACGCUAGAUGUAACCACCGACUUCCUGCUUGGACAUGGCGUAAACAGCUUGGAAAACCCCACGAACCAGUUUGCCCAAGCCUUCCAUGAAGUGCAGAGGGUCCAGAUGAUCCUGACAAUCAUGGCGCCGUUCAAGCAUUUCAUCCCCAAGCAUAGCUACUUCAGCGGCAUCCGCGUUCUCAACCGCUUCAUCGACCCUUUCGUUGCGCGCACGCUGGCACUCGACCCGAAGGAGCUCGACAAGCUGUCCAAGUCGGACAGGGACUCGACGCUGCUGCACAACAUUGCGCGCUACACGCGGGAUCCGAAGAUGAUCCGGGACCACCUCAUGUCGGUGCUUCUCGCCGGCCGUGACACCACAGCAGCCACGCUGAGCUGGGCCAUCUACGAGCUAGCCAACUACCCGGCCGUCCACGGCAAGCUGCGUGACGAGGUCCUGGCCACGGUGGGCACCAGCCGUGCCCCGACGUACGACGACCUGAAGAGCAUGACCUACCUUACCCAUACCAUCCACGAGGUGCUCCGCCUGUACCCGGCCGUCCCCUUCAACAUACGAGCCGCGCUGCAGGACACGAGCCUCCCGCCCGCGGAGCCCGGUCAGCCCCCUAUUGCUGUCCUCAAGGACGACGCCAUCAUUUACUCUGCCAUCGCCAUGCAGCGCCGCCCAGAACUCUACCCAGAGAUAUCCGACAAGUUUGCCGACCCGGCCACUUUCAGUCCGGACCGGUGGAACCAUUGGACCCCAAAGCCGUGGCAGUACUUGCCCUUCAACGGCGGGCCGCGCAUCUGCGUGGGGCAGAACUUUGCCAUGACCGAGAUGGCCUUUACACUUGUCCGCCUGCUGCAAAGAUACGACCGGCUGGAAUACCGCGGGGACUGGAAGGCGCAGAUUUACAAAGCCGAGAUCAUCGGCGCUCCCGGCCAUGGCGUGCCUGUCGCCUUCUUUGAGGCGGCCUGUGGAGAUGACGCCUGA